UGUGCUGACGCAGCGUCAGCUGUGCAGGUUUGUUUAGUAGUCUGGAGGUGUAGCCAGUCUGCACUGACAUCUAACCUCCAGUAAUGAUUUGAUCGGACGAUUACUACACGUGUAACUACAAUCUAUCCACACAUUCGUUAACACCUUGUGCUACAUCGUUUCAUCGCUGUCGCGAACUUCACCCUGCGUAGCUUACUGGACGGAGCUAGCUAGCCAACAUGCUCGCUAACUAGCUAAUGUGAGGUCGUAGCGAAGAGUGGAUGCAGUAAGGGUCCGGGAUGGCGGUGUGUGCUCUGACCGUGUUUGACGGGGUGGGCGACGAGGCCACAGCACUGGGCGGGGUCAUCAUCCUGGUCCUGGCACUGGUUUUGGCCUGGUUGUCAACCCAUGUGGCAGACCGUGGGGACCACAUCCUGGGCACAAUUCUCACUGUCGGUGCCCACGCUUCACUCAUCGGCCUGGGAGGCCAUGAUGGCUAUGCAGGUCCCCCGCCCAGCUCAGACCCAGGGGAGCAGCAGGGUGAGGACCCAGUGGAGGAGGAUAAGCAGGAUGAGGGAGGUGGAGAGGAGGAUGAGGGUGCAGGGGAGGAACUAUUGGACAUCCAGAGAGGGAGAAGGAAAGCAAGUCACGGGCACUCGGAGGAUGAAGGGGGAGAUGAUGAGGGGACAGAAGAUGAAGAGGAUGAAGGUGCGAGCAUUACCGUGCGGCUGAAGUUCCUGAAUGAUACGGAGGAGCUUGCGGUGCUCAGGCCCCAGGAUACAGUGGGAGUGCUGAAAAGUAAGUGCUUCUCUGGUCGCGAGCGUCAGAUCAAGCUGAUCUACCAGGGGCGGCUUCUGCAGGAUCCAUGCUGCACUCUCGUCUCGCUCAACAUCACCCACAACAGCGUGCUCCACUGCCACAUCUCCCAGGCCCCAGACGGAGCCCUGCAGGAGCCCAGCCCGGAGCAGGGCCCCCACGGAGGGUUGGGCUCCAGCCUUAGUGGGGGCCUGCGCUCAGCCGGCCUAGCCUUGGGUAGCGGCAGCCUGGUGGUGCCUGUGUUCGUCGUGCUACUGGCUGUGGUCUGGUACUUCCGUAUCAAUUACCGGCAGCUCUUCACGGCACCGGCUACCGUCUCCCUGGUGGGGGUCACAGUCUUCUUCAGUUUCCUCAUCUUUGGCAUGCAUAGCCGGUGAGAGUGCGGAUGGGCAGACGGACAGAAUAAAAAAAGAACCAGAAAGGACAAAUGAUGCCAGUUUGAUGGGGAGGGCACAACCUAGAUUUUUGCAUGUUUGCUCUGUCUACUGCCUAUUACAUUUGAAUGAUGGAAAUUAUAUUGGGUUCAGUUGAGUGGCAGUUGAGUAAAGGAAAAUAGUAGCAAAGUACUCAGGGAGCCUUAGGGCUUCUGGUGCCAUUUAGAUGACUGGAAUGGUGUAUGUGUGUGUGCGUGAGAGAGAGAGAGCAUAGUUUGUGUGUGUGUGUGUGUUCGUAGAUUUAUUCAUGGCUGAGUAGUUAGAGACCGUAAUUAAUACUUUUGACUCAUGUAACUUUAUAGUAAUUUAAUCGUAACACAGGGCUUAAUUUUCAUUGGUUGUUUUAGGGUAUCAGCUCUUAUCAGUCUUUCCCCUUAUAUGGCAUAAAUGUCUGCAUUUUAUGGCAAUUUAAUGGGUUAGUAGACCUUAAAUGGUUUUUCUUCUUUACUUGCACCUCAGACUGCUACUGUCUCUCUUAUAAAAAAGAAUAGACCUGUACAGUUCAGCAGCUGUCAUGUGUUCAUAUUAAAAUCUAAGUACAACACAAGGGUGUAGUGGUGGAUUUCAUCUACCACAAAUGGUCUCAGCUUCACAACUACUGAGUGUUGUAAAUGGGCUCCCAAUAUAAAUGUAUUCUAAAAUAGCUUUUGUAUAACUAAUGAAUUUGUAUGGUGUGAUAGAUCAAGCACUGAAGCUUACAUUUCACUGUUGUUUUUCACUCUUUUUUUCCCCUCCCUUUGUUAGCCAUCAUAUGCCACUGUUACUAGAGUUAUGAUGCUUGGAAAUGUUAUAAAGCAAUACAUUUGCUGUGAAUACAAGAUAAAAAGAUUGCUGUUGCUUUAAAGCCAUAA